CCAGAAGAAAAUCACCAUCACAUCCUCCACUUUGCUGAUCACCCGUUGCUUGUAAAUUAAAGAUUUGCUAUACCCCAGGAUGUCGGCGCAGGGCAUCCAGUCCGACGACUGGCCAGAGAAUGUCGCCCACAGCCAGUCGGCUCACGAACAUGGCGACCGUGGCCAACACGGCCACACCGUGCGCGAACGGGGGUUGAACACCGGAGUCAGGGUGAUGGACGACGGUCGCCUCGACAUCAAAUUCCGGUCGCACAAACCCUGGCUCGCCAAACUCCUGCAUCACAUCGAACACCGCCGCCCGAAAGAGCCGCUGCGACAGCCCUCCGUCGUAUCAACCACCGACGCGCCCUUCCCUCUGCGAUUGAACAUCGUCAUUCAAGUCGUUGGCUCCCGAGGCGAUAUACAACCCUUCCUGGCGCUGGGCAAACGACUACACUCAUGCGGUCACCGCGUCCGCCUCGCCACGCACCUCGCCUUCCGCGAUGACAUCCUCGCCCAGGGGCUCGAGUUCUUCGACAUCGGCGGCGACCCGGCCGAGCUGAUGGCGUUCAUGGUCAAGAACCCGGGUCUGAUGCCCGACAUGCGGACCAUCCGCAGCGGCGCGAUCCAGCAGCGACGUCGCGAAAUGAAAGCCAUCUUCUCCGGCUGCUGGCGCUCCUGCUACGAGACCGGCGACGGAACAGGCCUGCACCAUGUCCCGGACGAUCCGUGGAGCGGGACCGUGGAUGCUGAGAAUCGGCCGUUCGUCGCGGACGCGAUCAUUGCGAAUCCGCCGAGUUUUGCGCACAUGAGCUGCGCGGAGAAGUUGGGCGUGCCGCUUAAUAUGAUGUUCACGAUGCCGUGGAGUGCGACCCAGGCGUUUCCGCAUCCGCUGGCGAACGUACGGACCCAGUCGACGAAGCCCUCGGCGGCGAAUUUUGCAUCGUACGCCAUCGUCGAGGUUAUGCUGUGGGAAGGGCUGGGGGAUUUGAUUAAUCGGUUCAGAAAGAGGGAGUUGGGAUUGGAUCCGUUGGAUGCGCUUCGUGCGCCGAGUAUCGCGUCGAGGCUAAGGAUCCCGUAUACCUAUCUUUGGUCUCCGUCCCUCCUGCCCAAACCUUCCGACUGGCCCGACACCACCGACGUCGUCGGCUUCAGCACCCUCCCUCACGAAUCGACCUACCAGCCACCGGACGACCUGGCCAACUUUCUCAAAGCAGGCCCUCCCCCGAUCUACAUCGGCUUCGGCUCGAUCGUCGUCGACAACCCCAGCAAGCUCACGGAGAUCGUCUUCGACGCGGUGCGCCAGACCGGCCAACGCGCCCUCAUCUCCAAGGGAUGGGGCAACAUCGGCGGCGACAAUCCACCCGACAACGUGCUCCUGCUAGGAAAAUGUCCCCACGAUUGGCUCUUCAAGCACGUCUCGGCCGUCGUGCAUCACGGUGGCGCAGGCACUACGGCCACGGGCCUUCUCCUCGGCCGGCCCACCGUCAUCGUGCCCUUCUUCGGCGACCAGCCAUUCUGGGGAUCGAUUGUGUCGCGCGCGGGUGCUGGGCCGGCACCUGUGCCGUAUAAACAGCUAACGGUGGAGAAGCUGGCCGAGGCCAUUCAGGUCGCGCUGAAGCCUGAGACGCGGGAGAAGGCGGAGGAGAUCGGGGGUGAUAUGCGCAAGGAAGAUGGCGUGCGGGACGCGGUGGCGAGUUUCCAUAGUCAUCUCGACGUGGAGAGUCUAAGGUGCUCGAUUUGUCCGGACCGCGUGGCUGUGUGGUUCAUUCGACAUUCCAAUAUCAAGUUGAGUCCGUUUGCUGCGGCCGUCUUGGUCGAGACGGGGCUGGUGAAGACGAGUGAUGUAGUUCUAUACCGCUCCAAAGAAUACGACACAAACCGCGACCCUCGAGGCCCAUUGACAGCCGGCGCCGAGGUUCUUUACGGCAUCGUCACCGACCUGAUCGCAGGCGUUGCCGGACUGCCAGCGAACAUGGCCGAGAUGUUCAGCCACGAGCCGCACGACCACCACGACGAGUUCCGGUCAGACUGUAAGGCGUGUGGGAAGUCCGCUCGGAAAAGCACCCAGAGCGAUAGUCGGUCUGGGACUCGUUCGAAAGGGCAUUCUCGAGGUCGGUCGCGAGCGCAAUCGGCGCCAGAACGACAUUCUCAGACUGCAUCAAAGACGCAAUCGCCUACCCACUCACACUCACACUCACGCUCUGACUCGAGGUCUUCAUCUACAUCUAAUUCCCCUGCCUCCACGGAAUACAACACCGCCGACGAAUCGAACUCGAACGAAGAAACCACGCGAACAAGUCAAUCGACACCGGAGCCACCGUCUCCUUCAACCCGCAAUAACACAACAACAACCACAAACACAAACAACACAUCAGAAACCCCCAACACCACCCCCGAAGACCAAGACCAAGAACAAGAAGACUCCAACACCGACUCCGACUCCGACACAAUAACCCUCGGCUCCGAACUCGACCUCGAAAAGACCCUCACCCGGCACCAAACCACGCAAGAAAACCGAUCCUCGACGCACGAAAUGCUCCUCGAAACAAGCUACCACAUGACGAAAGUAGCCAAACACGCGCUCGACUUCGCCAUUCUCCUUCCGCACGAUCUGACCCUGUCGCUGUCCAAGGGGUUCCAUAACGCCCCGAAGCUGUACCAUGAUCGUACGGUGACCGAGACGCCGAGGGUGAUGGGCGUGAGGAGCGGGUUUAGGGCUGCGGGGACGGAAUUCACACAAGGCCUCUACAACGGGGUAACAGGGCUCCUGACGCAGCCCAUCAACGGGGCCAAAAAGACCGGGCCACGUGGAUUCAUCAAAGGAAUUGGAAAAGGAAUGGGCGGGGUGGUAUUCAAGCCUGUUGCUGGAUUCUGGGGCCUUGCCGGCUACCCACUCGACGGCAUGCACAAGAGCCUACGAAAAUCGCUUUCGAAGUCCAAAACGAAAGAGAUCCUGAAGUCGCGGAUCGCGCAGGGCAUGGAGGACAUGUGUCUUGCGUCGACGGAGGAGCGGGCGAUGGUGAUACGGCGGUGGGAGGAGUUAGUGAAGGCCGAGAAGGAGAUGGAGAGGGAGGGUGAGAAUGAGAAUGGCAACGCGACGCAGAAUGGGAAUGGGAAUGGGGUGAAGAAAUAUAAAUAUAGAAAGAACGGGAUGCAUGGGGAUGAUCAUGCAGAUGUGAGCGAUGGGUUGAGGGGGUUGCAUUGAUUGGGACCCACUUGGGGGUAUAACUAUACUAUACUUACACGGGGGUAUGGUGUUUAGAUUGAUAAACGUACAUAUAGGGGAUAUAAUUGGGAUAAUACGGAAUAAUACAUCAGGC